AUUCAGUUUCCAACCUGAAGAGAAACAACAUGUACGCCAAGCUCAUCAUCGCUCUGUGUGCCGUGAGCGCAGCCCGCGCUGGCGGUCUCUUGGAGGCUCCCGUGGCAUACAGUAGCCAUGCCAUCGCCGCCCCCGCCGUAGCCACGUACGCAGCGCCCGCUGUGGUAGCCAAAACCAGCGCGCCCGCCGUCUCGUAUUCAUCCUUCUCCACCCACACAGCACACAGCUCCCCAAUCGCCUACUCCGCCGCUCCAGUAGCCACUUACGCCGCUGCCCCAGUGGCAACUUACGCCGCCGCCCCCGCUGUGACUACGUACGCUGCCGCUCCCGUGGUCGCCAAAACCUAUGCCGCCCCUGCUGUGGCCACUUACGCCUCUGCUCCCGCCGUGGUGACCAAAACCAUCGCGCCAGCAGUGUCCUCUGUAUCCUCUUAUUCUUCCACCACCUCUCAUGGUUCCCCCAUCACCUAUGCUGCUGCACCAGUGGUAGCUAAGACUUACGCCGCCCCGGCUGUGGCCACUUACGCAGCUCCCGCUGUUGCGUCGUACUCCGCUCCUCUGGUUACCAAAUCUUACGCCGCCCCCGCAGUAGCGACUUACGCCGCAGCCGCCCCCGCUUACACUUCAUACGCCGCGGAAGCUCCCGUCUUAAAAACAGGUCUCGCGUACUCCGCAGCUCCCUCUGUCGCUCAUGUCUCCUACAGUGGUCUUGGCGCCAACUAUGGUUGUGCAGCCCGCGCUGGCGGUCUCUUGGAGGCUCCCGUGGCGUACAGCAGCCAUGCCAUCGCCGCCCCCGCCGUGGCCGCGUACGCCGCGCCCGCUGUGGUAGCCAAAUCCAUCGCGCCCGCUGUCUCUUAUUCAUCCUUUUCCACCCACACCUCCCCUCUCGCCUACUCCGCCGCUCCAGUAGCCACCUACGCCGCUGCCCCAGUGGCAACUUACGCCGCCGCCCCGGUGGUCGCUAAAACCUAUGCCGCCCCCGCUGUGACUACGUACGCUGCCGCUCCCGUGGUCGCCAAAACCUAUGCCGCCCCUGCUGUGGCCACUUACGCCUCUGCUCCCGCGGUCGUGACCAAAACCAUCGCGCCAGCAGUGUCUUCUGUCUCCUCUUAUUCUUCCACCACCUCUCAUGGUUCCCCCAUCACCUAUGCUGCUGCACCAGUGGUAGCUAAGACUUACGCCGCCCCGGCUGUGGCCGCUUACGCAGCUCCCGCUGUUGCGUCAUACUCCGCUCCUCUGGUUGCCAAAUCUUACGCCGCCCCCGCAGUAGCUACUUAUGCCGCAGCCGCCCCCGCCUACACUACAUACGCCGCGGCCGCUCCCGUCCUAAAAACAGGUCUCGCGUACUCCGCAGCGCCCUCUGUCGCUCAUGUCUCCUACAGUGGACUUGGCGCCAACUAUGGUUGGUAA